UUCAAUAGGUACUGUAAUAAAUUGUACAAUAUUUCUGUCUCCUAAAACAAUAACAUUAAACUGUAAUAAUGAGUAAUACCGCUGUCCUAGACACCACUUCUGAUUCUACUAAGGAUAUUGAUGUAACUGAUGGGAAGGCGAAGCUAAUGAAAUGGCUGAACAUGAAUUUCCGGGUUGAAAUUACUGACGGCAGAGUCUUAAUUGGAGUAUUCCUUUGUACUGACCGAGAUGCUAAUGUCAUUCUGGGUGCCUGUUCGGAAUACCUAAAGAACAGUGAUGGUGAGACGGAGGAGCCCCGAGUGCUGGGGCUGGUGAUGGUGCCGGGUCGCCACAUUGUCUCCAUCCAGAUCGACGACACCACCCCUCCGCAGAAGUACUUCUAUGAUGAGUGACUCUUCAUGCUCUUCAUUGUUAGUAUCAUUAUCUUGUACAUUAUUCUUACAAUUUAAAUUUAAGAUUGAUUUAUAAAUAAUAUAUAAAGAUAGAAACUCAAAUACAGCUUAAAAAUUUAAUCAA